AUGAGUGGUAAAAAAAAUACAAGCAAUGUUUCCUCAAAAAAAACAAAAAACAGUAAUUCUACCUCUAUCGAGGCAGAUAAAGCAGAAGAACCAGUUAUUAAUCAAGCGAAAGCUGUUUUCGGGAGGAUGCUGCGUGGCAGCAGUUCUAAGGCAAACAAAACGCCACCAGGAAACGAAGGUUCUAAAUCAACCAAAACAUUAUUGGUGGCGCAAAGGCCUAAAUUAACCAAAGCUGUUGAAAUUUCAGAUGAUGAUGAGCAGAAUGAGUUAUCUUCACCACUGGUUCAACCGCCCACAAAAGGGCAGAAAGCUCUCUCAUCUGCCAACGAGGAAGAGGAAUCCGAUGAUGAGGAAAUGUCACACGCAUCUCGAUUACCCCAAGACUCUGGGAACACAUGUGAUUCUUCAUCUAUGAGCUUGGUUAGACAAGAGUCUACUCGCGCGGAAUUGACGGCCCAUGAUUUUAAUUAUGCUGUGAAUUUUUUGGACCAAAAAAUCAAUUCAUUAAAAGCAUACAAGGAAGUCACAAAGCAACUAAUUCCAGCAACUCUAUACCCUUCCCCUAAAGAAUAUAGAGUUGCAUUGGAAAGAUAUUUGGAAGAACAUGCGGAUCAUUUUAUUAAUACUAUUGGGAGGAGUGCUUGGAUCUCGUAUUUCAAUGAGAAACUUUUACAUGAACUCAAAAAUAAAUGCCGAAAUAAAAGAAAUGACAUAGCCUCCACUAUUAGAAAUGCCACUUUCACCGUUUUAAAUAUUGGAAGAGUAGAUAACAAUAUAUCUGCCACAAAGCUUUCUGAGUGGAAGGCCUCAAAAGAAACUUGUAAUGCUUACAAUUCCCUUUUUGAAAAUGAUGAAUUAAUCACCUCAAUUUGCCUUUUAGCAUUCAAGCAAUUCCGUGGUAAUAGCCUUCCACCAAUACACUGCGCGUACACGAUGGCAAUCUUGGAUAUUCUUUUAAACCCUACGAGUUCUAGUAUAAGAUGCACCAACAAAGCAAUCGCACGGAGAGUUCAUGUCCUAAUGGAAGCAUAUGAGAAAGAGCAAUCUGUCUCCCAAGAGCAGCUUGCAGAAAUCGCUUGCGUAGAAGAAGCAAUCGAAACCGCUAAAAGAACAAAAAAAAAAUCAAAAGCUGACUCCGCCGAAGAA